UUAGCGACUUUGUCGCUAUAUUUAGCGACUUUUCAAAUCCCUCUAGCGACAAUUUUUUUAAAAAGCGACUAGCGACAAAUCUGGCGACUUUUUCUUGUGUUACUGGAGACUUUUGGAGACUCUGAUGUGUCUGUACUGACUCUUCUCAACUUGCCACAGCAGCUGCCGCCGCCGGCCCCUCCCCCGUCCCAAAGCACUCACAGACCCCCGCCCCCAGCUGCAGUUACUGCAGGAGAUGCUCGUUCCUACGAGUCUUGACUGCCCAUGCGCAAAUCCGCCGUUAAGUGAUCCCGCCUUGACGACUUUUUUUUUUUUUUUUUUAAGCGCCUAGUGACAAAUCUAGCAACUUUUGGACAAACCUUAGCAAGUUUCCAAAUGUCGCCAAUACUGUCCUGUAAGCACGAGGUCUUGCUUUCCCGGUACAGUUACUCAUCUCCCUGUGUCUGCCCUGAUCGGUGUUGCAACGGACCUAUCACUUACCUGCUUCUCUUUUGCUUGAAAUAAAACUAUUUAAUUUGACCAUUUUCUUUUUUUUCUUAUUUAUUUAUUUUUUUCUUCCGAUGCACUUAUAUUACUCACUGUUACAAAGCUUAAGUUCAUAAUUAUAUUGGACACAUAAGGAAGGAUUAGGGAAAACACGCAAAAUGCAAAUACGACGUAAUUACGUCAUCAAUAUGCAAAUAUACGCAUGACGUCAUCUAGCGACAUUUGGCGACUUUUCGAGCAGACUUUAGCUACUUUCCGUUGAAAAUAGUUGGCAACACUGGCUCUGAGUCUCAGUGCGGAUCUCAGUCCACCUGGAUGCGGUCACUUCUCUGAUCUCUUCCUUGACUUUCUUUCUUAGCUCGUUGGAAGCCGCAGAAAUGGCCGGAGCGAUCAUCGAGAACAUGAGCACCAAAAAGUUGGUGAUCAUGGGAGUUGUUCUGCUGCUCUUCCAGGCUUUUUCCUUCAUGGUCGGAGGGCUGAUCGCUCCCAGUCCCACCACCGCCGUCCACUACCUGGCUACCAAGUGUGUGGGCAACCAGAGAAGGCACCAUCAGGGCCACAAGUGGUUCAUGCCUUGGGGUCCGAACGAGUGCGACAAGAUUCGAGACUUGAGCGAGGCCAUGGUCAAGAGGAUUGAAGCCAACAACGUCGUGUUCUCUGUUCAUAUCCCCCUGCCCAAUAAGGAGAUGAGUCCCUGGUUCCAGUUCAUGCUCGUUAUUCUGCAGUUCGACAUUGCCUUCAAAAUGCACAACCAGAUCGAGGAUGGAGCCUUGGUCACCAUAGACGUCAGCCUGGCCUACAGAGACGACACAGUGAGUGAGUGGACGGAGAUGGCGCACUCUGUGGAGCAACGCAAACUCAGCUGUAACUUCACUACAGCCAAAAUUAUAGAGAACGAGGGUCGGCACUACGAAUGUGACCCUUUUCCCUUCAUGGAGGUCGGGACCGUGUCGCACAAAUACUACCUGGUUAACAUCUGGCUGCCGGUGUACGAGCGCAAGAAGGUGAACGUGGGAAUUGGUGAAAUCAAAGACAUCCGUCUGGUGGGAAUCCAUCAGAACGGUGGCUUCACCAAGGUCUGGUUUGCCAUGAAGACCUUCCUCACUUCCAGCAUCCUCAUCAUCAUGAUCUGGUACUGGAGAAGGAUUACCUUGAUGACGAGACCGCCUGUGCUCCUGGAGAAGGUGAUCUUUGCCCUCGGCAUCUCCAUGACCUUCAUCAACAUUCCAGUGGAGUGGUUCUCGCCCCGGUUUGACUGGACCUGGAUGCUGCUGUUCGGAGACGUCUGUCAGGGAAUCUUCUACGCCAUGCUGCUCUCCUUCUGGAUCAUCUUCUGUGGAGAACAUCUCAUGGACCAGACGGAGAGGAACCGCAUCUCCAUAUACUGGAAGCAGGUGGGGCCCAUUGCCUUCGGCUCCUUCUGCCUCUUCAUCUUCGACAUGUGUGAGAGAGGAGUGCAGCUGACCAACCCCUUCUACAGCAUCUGGGCUUCGGAUGUUGGCACCAAACUGGCCAUGGCGUUCAUCAUCGUGGCUGGAAUAUGCGCCUGCCUCUACUUCCUGUUCCUGUGUUUCAUGGUGUUCCAGGUGUUCAGAAACAGCAGCGGGAAAAGAACGUCCCUGCCUGCCAUGACCAAAGCUGGGCGUCUGCAUUACGAAGGUCUCAUCUUCCGCUUCAAGUUUCUGAUGCUGGUGACGCUGGCGUGUGCGGCCAUGACGGUCAUCUUCUUCAUCAUCAGUCAGGUGAAUAAGGGACACUGGCACUGGGGAGAUUACACGGUUCAGAUAAACAGUGCCUUCUUCACCGGAAUAUACGGCAUGUGGAACCUGUAUGUGUUCGCCCUGAUGUUCCUGUACGCACCGUCACACGAACGCUACGGAGACGAGCAGUCCAGCGAGUCCAGUGAGAGACCAGAAGUCCAGUCUUCUUGUAAGACACUGCUCAGUGGUGGAAGCUUCCCUUCUGGCCAACACUCCAUUGCAGAGCCUGGUGACCAAGCCCAUGACUUGAAAUCCAAAGUUAUCUCUACAGACUUGUUUAGAGACACAGAAUUAAGAGCAGAGUCUCAGUCAUCCAGUCCCACACCAGACGGCCCUGAGCAAGAGGUGCAUUGUGUUGGAGGUCAUUGUGGCACUUCUUCUGGGAAAGAGAGGUUCGGAGAAGUUGGUGUCCAGCACCAGCAGGUGUCACCUGCUGUGUUCUCAACAGACCUUACCAGUGAGACCGACUCGAGAUCAGCGUGUCAGUCAUCCAGAGCCGCACCAAACGACUCUGUUUAUGACCAGGGGAACGCUGCAUGUGCAACUCCUGGUUCACCUCAUCUCCCAGACUCAGUAACUCAAGGUUACAACGUCGACACAAGAUGUAGUCGACCUGAGUGCUUCUGCCGCCACUCUUAUAUGUCACCCUAUGUUCCUGCCUCUUCUGGAAGAAAGUAUUUACUACUGCCAUUUCCAUCCUCUUUGCAAAGUCCACCACCAUCUGUCCUUCAACAUUCCUGUCCUGAAGACCAAACCUGCCCAUCACAUUUUCAUCACCUCCGUUCCCUUCCCCAACAUGUCCAUUGAAGUCUGCACCAAUCACCACUCUCUCACCUCUGGCAAUGCUCUGCAUCACUUCAUCUAACUCACUCCAGAAUUUUUCCUUUUCUUCUAACACACAUCCUAUCUGUGGAGCAUAACCACUAACAACAUUGAACAUCACACCAUCAAUUUCCAGCUUUAGACUCAUCACCCUAUCUGAUACUCUCUUCACCACUUGAACAUUUCUUACAAACUUCUCUUUUAGAAUAACUCCUACUCCAUUUCUUUUCCUAUCCGCACCAUGGUAAAACAAUUGGAACCCUGCUCCAAGGGAUGCCCUUCCUGACACAACAUUCUGCAUUUAUUCAGACUUGGGACUGCCACAAGAAGACACUGGACUGCGCACACCUCCUUUACUGGGACUGAUGGGAAUAUAGACAGAAGCCACACCUCCUUAACUGGGACUGAUGGGAAUAUAGACAGAAGCCACACCUCCUUAACUGGGACUGAUGGGAAUAUAGACAGAAGCCACACCUCCUUUACUGGGACUGAUGGGAAUAUAGACACUGGCCACACCUCCUUUACUGGGACUGAUGGGAAUAUAGACACUGGCCACACCUCCUUUACUGGGACUGAUGGGAAUAUAGACACUGGCCACACCUCCUUUACUGAGACUGAUGGAAAUAUAGACAUAAGCCAGAAGUAAAGAAGGUGUGGCUUCUGUCUAUAUUUCCAUCAGUCUCAAUAAAGGAGGUGUGGCCAGUGUCUAUAUAAAAAUAAAACUUUUUAUUGUUACCUUUUUUUUCUCCCCCCAAUUCUGACUGUAAAUCCGAUCAGAAUGUGCAUCGCUUUAACCGUUUUCCUCUUUUUUCCACUGUUAUGUCUUAUUAGAGCGGAAAAGUUCUGAUCGACUUCCUUGUUCUAAACUGUUUUUCUUUCCGUAAGCAACAAAACAAAAAAACAUACGCACACAGUUCUGGAUCACACACUGCUCCCCGUGAUCUCGGCCUCUGCAAGUGAAGGCAGUAAUUUUGAGAGAAGUGUUCGCCCGAGAGGUUCGGGUUCAGGGUGUGCCUCCGGUGGUUACAACCGUUUUUUUUAAUUCUCUUGUCAGGUGUGAAGUUGAAAAUGUUUUAUAGUUGUGCUUUCAGGCCGUCUUUAUGAGCACGCUAAUCAGGUUAGUGUUCUCGUCUCGCUGGAGCUGGCGCUCAUUUCCAUGCCAAAUUUCCAUGCAAAGUGUUCCUGUGCAGUCACAUCGAAUCAGCACUUAACGAAUCGCCAACUCAAGUGUGGCAAAGAGAUCGAUCUGAAGGAGCAGUUUGGUGAUUAAAAGGACGCUCCAGUUACACGAACACACAACGGGGGGUUAACGUUUGACUGGUGUGACACGGAUUUAGAUUAACAAGUAAAGAAAAUUGUCAGACUUCCUCUAAACAUUAGCGGAACUUUACUGUGGUUUUCGGGGGGCCUUAUGUUGAAAUAAACUUCUUUAAAAUGUUUUAGUGUAGCUCCGCCCCCUCAGGAUCACAAUGUGGGAUUUUAAUGAAAAUCUGGAUCUAUGUAUGUGUGUGUGUGUGUGUGUGUGUGUGUGUGUUCAUUUUACAUUCUGUAUUUAAAAAGUGAAACACAGCAAAUCAAACACAGUGAUUGUUCAUGUAGUAAAGAAGGACGCACCGCGCUGUAGGUGUUGCUGAACGUCCAUGAAGUUCUGGUUUUGAACUAACGAUAAAGCAGCUAUAAACAGUUCUUAUCUCACCAGCAUCUCCAUCUUUCUCUCUCUUUAAAUUUAUAAAGCACCAACAUCUAAACUUUUUAUUUAAAAGGAAUGAGGAACAAUACCACCACUUUGUAGCCUACAUGAUUAAAAUGUGAGUUUUUAUUUUCUGUUUUGAAAAGGAAAGUUUUAAACCUUAUCAAGUUUUGAUUUUCAUAACUUUCGGUUUGGUUACAGUAUUAACAUUUUAAGAACGUUGCAGCAGAACCUUUGCAAAACUUAAUGAGAACAUUCCUGGAUGGCUGGAAAAUAAUAACAUGUUAGAAGGAGUGCAAUAAUGUUUUACGACUCAGUGGUAACUCAGUGCCAUCUUCCUCAGCACAGUCAAGACCGAUGAUGCCAACAGACUCAACAAGCUUAUUAGGAAAGAUCACAGGGAGCAGUGUGUGAUCCAUAACUGUGUGUGAGUAUAUGGUUUGGCUUGGUCAUUGGAGUGGAGCUGCAGUCUCCGGUGGAGGUGUCUGAGAGAAUAAUUAUAAGUACUUUAUUCAUCUUACAUGAAGAAACUUGUCAGGAUUAUGGACGAUACCUCUCAAGUGCUGUACCCACUGAGCACAUUCCUCCCUGAGCUCAUUCAGCUGUUGGUUGAGACCACCGAGAAGCACCAUGUCUUUCUCCUCUGUAGCCAUCAAACUUUAUAGCUUCUCCCCCUUCUGUAGGGUAGAGAGCUAAAAUAAUGAUAGAAAACAAUAAGUGCACUAGCCGUACCUCUGCAAUUUUUUCAUGCCAGGGUUCCGCAAUAUCAAUUAGCUAUAUCAUGCUACUCGUAACCAGAAACUGGUUCUGCUCUCUUUAUUGGAACUGGGUGUUGUAUGGUAUGUUUCUAUAUCUUAUGUUUACAUUGCGAAUAUUCUUAUUGUAAUGUACUUUUCCAUCCAUCCAUCCAUCCAUCCAGGAACAUCUUUACUCCAACUAGGGACUGUGGAGGCCAGUGGUGACCAUCGUAUUCAUUAUUACCAUUUUUAUGACCAUGGUAGGACCUCCGGUCAACAUUCACAUGCACAUUUGCACGAUAUAGGCAGUUUAAAAACGCCAUGCAACAUGCAAACUUCACACACACGGACCCGUGAACAACAAUUCCCUGGAGGUGCGAGGUGACUGUGCUCAGUGUGUUAAGGCUCUGAGUUACCUAUUGGAAGGUCAGCGGUUCGAGCCCCAGCUCCACCAGGUUGCCACUGUUGGGCCCUUAAGCAAGGCCCUUAACCCUGUCACUGUAUAGUAAUGUAUAUGUGACGAAUAAAGUCUAAACUUUAACCACUAA